ACAUUUCGGCAUUGGGACACAGUUUUCUGGGCACUGCUGGCCAGUCCCAAAAUGGAGCAGAAGACAGUGGUCCUUCUACUUCUUUUGUUUCUACAGUCAGGUCAAGGAGACCCCCUGGAUGGCUAUGUAAAUACUGAGGGGGCUUCUCUGUUCAGUGGCACAAAGAAGCAGCUCAGAGCAGGAAGUGUGGAUGAGUGUGCAAAGACAUGUGAGGAGGAACUCGAAUUUGUCUGCAGGUCAUUCCAGUUCCACAGGAAGGAGCAACAAUGCGUGAUAAUGGCUGAAAACAGCAAGUCUUCCACCGUCCUCAGGAGGAGAGACGUCGUUUUAUUUGAAAAGAAAGUCUAUCUUUCAGAAUGCAAGACUGGCAACGGAAGGAACUACAGGGGCACCAUGGCCAAGACCAGAUCUGGGGUGACCUGCCAGAAGUGGAGCGAUACCACCCCUCACAUACCCAACUACACCCCGGGAAAAUACCCUUCCGAGGGCCUGGAGGAGAACUACUGCCGGAACCCAGACAACGACGUGGAGGGGCCCUGGUGCUACACCACCAACCCAGUGCUCAGAUUCCAAUACUGUGACAUCCCUGAGUGCGAAGAGGAAUGCAUGCAUUGUAGUGGAGAAAAUUACCAGGGCAAAAUUUCCAGGACCAUGUCCGGACUUGACUGCCAGGCCUGGGACUCGCAGAGCCCGCAUGCUCAUGGGUACAUUCCCUCCAAAUUCCCCAGAAAGAACCUGAAGAUGAACUAUUGCCGGAACCCUGAUGGGGAGCCCCGCCCCUGGUGCUUCACCACGGACCCCAACAAGCGCUGGGAGUUCUGUAACAUCUCCCGCUGCACAACACCCCCACCAUCGUCCGGCCCGACCUAUCAGUGUCUGAAUGGAAGAGGUGAAAACUACCGAGGGAAUGUGGCGGUGACCGUAUCCGGGCUCACCUGUCAGCACUGGAGUGCACAGACUCCUCAUAAACAUGACAGGACCCCGGAUAACUUUCCCUGCAAAAAUCUGGAUGAAAACUAUUGCCGUAACCCGGAUGGAGAAACUUCCCCUUGGUGCUACACAACGAGUAGUGAAACCAGGUGGGAAUACUGCAAGAUACCAGCCUGUGAGCCAUCUGCAUCGUUCACAGAGAUAAUAAUGCCUCCCGAGCAGACGCCUGUGGUCCAGGAAUGCUACCAGGGCAACGGGCAGAGUUAUCGAGGUACUUCAUCCACCACGAUCACAGGGAAGAAGUGUCAACCUUGGUCAUCGAUGUCACCACACCAGCAUAAGAAGACCCCAGAAAACUUCCCAAAUGCCGACUUGAUCAUGAACUACUGCAGGAAUCCAGAUGCAGAUGAAAAACCCUGGUGCUUUACCAUUGACCCUGAAGUCCGAUGGGAGUACUGCAAUCUGAAGAAAUGCUCAGAGACAGGAGGGAGUGUGCCAGUCAUUCCUUUAGUGCCCCAGCUGCCAAAUGUCCAGGCUCCUGCAGAAGAACCAGACUGCAUGUUUGGCAAUGGCAAAAGUUAUCGUGGCAAGAAGGCGACCACGGCUACGGGCACCCCGUGCCAGGCGUGGGCAGCCAAGGAGCCCCACCAGCACACCAUUUUCACUCCGGAGACAAAUCCGCGGGCAGGGCUGGAGAAAAACUACUGCCGCAACCCCGAUGGUGAUGUCAAUGGUCCUUGGUGCUACACAACGAACCCACGGAAGCUUUUUGACUACUGUGAUGUUCCUCUGUGUGCAACCUCCUCCUUAUAUGACUGCGGGAAGCCCAAGGUGGAACCCAAGAAAUGUCCUGGAAGGGUGGUAGGUGGGUGUGUGGCCAAUCCGCAUUCCUGGCCCUGGCAAGUCAGUCUCCGGACAAGGUUUGGAACGCACUUCUGUGGAGGCACUUUACUGGCCCCACAGUGGGUUUUGACGGCUGCCCACUGCUUGGAAAGGUCCCCCAGGGCAUCCUCCUACAAGGUCAUCCUGGGCGCACACCGAGAAGUGAAUCUGGAAGCCGAUGUUCAAGACAUUGAAGUUUCUCGGCUGUUCUUGGAGCCUACACGAUCAGAUAUUGCCUUGCUGAAGCUAAGCAGGCCAGCCAUCAUCACGGACAAAGUCAUCCCAGCUUGUCUGCCUCCCACAAAUUAUGUGGUGGCUGACCGGACAGAAUGCUACAUCACCGGCUGGGGUGAGACAAAAGGCACUUUCGGGGCCGGCCUUCUCAAAGAAGCUCAGCUCCCCGUGAUUGAGAAUAAAGUGUGUAAUCGCUAUGAGUAUCUGAACGGAAGAGUUAAGACCAGUGAGCUCUGUGCUGGGCUAUUGACCGGAGGGGCGGACAGCUGCCAGGGUGACAGUGGAGGACCUCUGGUUUGCUUCGAGAAGGACAAAUACGUCUUACAAGGAGUCACUUCCUGGGGUCUGGGCUGUGCAAGGCCCAACAAGCCUGGGGUUUAUGUCCGUGUGUCCAGGUUUGUCUCGUGGAUUGAUGAAGUGAUGAAGAAUAAUUAACUGGAUGGGAGACAGGCAGGCAUCAACUACUCUGGAACCUGGAACACGUGAGGGGAUCGCCUGUGUUCAGAAAUAAUCAAUAGUAAUUAAAGUCAGACCCUGUCUAUUGCUACCAUUGAUUGCUACACCUCUACAUUUUUUAUAUAUUACUAGGGAUCAAGUUCCUCGUCAAUGGGCUGCCGGGAAGGAAGCACAGGUGUGGCCUCUGUUGAAAAUAAACCAAACUGACCUUGA